AUGGAGGAGGACACGCAGCUGGUGGAGCUGGAGACAGCGCCUGAGGCUGGGUUGACGGGUGUUACCGUGGCCCGUGACCGCCACGGCCUCUACAUUGCCAAGGCGCCCAAAUCCCUGCGCAUCCACCAAGGUGACCGGCUUCUCAGCGCCAGGGUUUUCUUCGAGGGGGCCCCCCCCGAGGACGUCGCACGGGUGCUGGAGGGCGCCGGGUCCUGCAAGAUCUCACUCUGCCUCCGGCGUCGGGUGCCCGGCACCUGCAUCCCCCUUGGCGGCACCAGCACCAGCAGCGAGGGACACCAGAGGAAGGUGGCCAGGCUGAGCAUCCCGAUCCUGACGCCCUCCAAGAAGCUGCCACCGGCACCCAGCACAGUGAGCGUGGCACCCACUGGCACUGUGGCUGAACCCACCCCCACCAGCCACAUCCACCGCAUGAAGGAAGCAGCAGCCAGCAAAACACGGGUGAUGGAGGAGCCACCAGUGAAACCAGAGGCUCCUGGCAUUGCCACUGAGGUGCCGGUGGGCACUGGCACCCGGUUACCGGCCAUGGAGGUGGCAGCACCCAAAGUCACCAUGGGGCUGAGCCUCACUGGCGCGGCACUGCCAGCCGCCCCUCAAGCCAAGGAGCCAGCAUUACGGCUGCCGCAGUUGGAGGUGGCUGUGCCAGCAUUGCCACUGCCAGCAGUGAUGCUGGAGCCCAGCACAACCAUAAAUCAACCCCAAAUGAAGCUGGGGGAGGGAGACACCCCCAGAGGCAGCCGUAGGGGUGGGGCGAGCCCAGUGCUGAAAACCAAGCUGCCGAAUUUCGGCACGGCCCCAGCAGAGGAUGAGGAGAGGGAUGCUGGCACGCGAGGGGGAGUCGCCAGCAUCCGUGUCCCCUCCAUUGCCAUCGCCGUCCCCAGCACUGCCGUGGAGCUGGUCCCUGAGCUCAGUGUGCCCAAACCAGAGCUGGCCAUCGCCAGUGGGCAACCGCGGUUGGAGGUGAAGCUGCCAGCACGGUGGUCAGAGUCGCCACCGGCAGCACCGGCUCGGUUGACCUUCCCAGCAAUGGCAGUGCCAUCCAUUGAUAUUGCCGUGCCACAUGUUGGUGUGGGUUUGGCAUUGCCAGCAGGUACCGGCACCAUGGCGGUGCCAGAUGAGGGGGAUGCUGCGGUGAUGCCAGAUGUGGCAGCCAGAUUUGCCAAAGGGCUGCGAAAGCUCAGCCUGGAGCUGGAGCCCACGGCACCGCUGCCGGCGGUGGAAAUCGCCACCCCGGUACAGCUCGCCGGGGAUGUGCUGGCAACCGGCACCAAACCCAAACCCCCCAAAUUCACCCUGCCACGGUUUGGGUUGUCCCUUGCCAAGCUCAAAAUGGGCAGUGAUGGCAACGAGUAUCCCCCAGCGUCUCACAGCACAGCCACACCGGCACCGCCCGGCAUUGCCAUCACCAGUCCCACGAUGGCCUUAGACCUGGGUUUGGGGACGGUUGGUGCUGCUAGUGCCAGGGUCAAGCUGAAGGUCCCCAAAUUAUCCCUGGCACCUUUCAGUGUCAAGGAUGGGGACAAGGGUGCCAGCAGCGAGGAGGGUCCCCAGGAUACCAUUGUAGCGAUGAAGCUGCCACAGUUGGGAAUCAGGGGGUCAGGGGGGAACGAUGGGAGGUCCACAGAACCGGGGUCCCCUGGGACCCCCCGGCUUCGGAUACCGCGGGUGGGCAUCACCCUGCCGGCAAUGGGCAAUCGGCGUGUGCCAUCGUUGCCUAAACUCCCCGCCGGGCCGGAGCUAGGCAGGGGGGUGAAGUUGCCCAAAUUUGGGGGAUCCAGCCCUGAUAUCCGCAUCGGGGGGGACCCCAAAAUGAUGAGACGUGGGGGAAGCGCCGAGAGCUUGAGCAUUGGCACAGCAGGAAGGAAGAUGCCGGAGUCUCCCAGCACAAUCCGGUUGAAGCUGAAAACCAGGGGGGCAAUGGGUGAUGGGGGGGCACAACCAUUGACCCCUCAGUUCACCAUCCCUGCUGUGGGUUUCACUGUGCCAGUAAAACAAGCGGAGGAUCCAGUCACCCAGAAGAUACCGAAACCCACUGGCGUGCUGGCACUGAAGGUGCCAGUGUUGGAAUUGGCACCACCAGGGAUGGAUGGGAUGGAGGAGACCACCAGGAAGGAUAUGGCACCGGGACGCCGGUCUAGGGUCAAAUUGCCAAAAUUCGGCACAGGUUCUGCCGGGAGCAGGUUGGAAGGUGAGGGGAGGAUGAGCGGUGUGAAGAAGGCGGUGUUGGUGUUGGUGAAGCCGAAGGAGAAAGGAGAAGACAACCGGGUGGUGGACCCCCAUCCCCACGUCAGUGAGGAAGUGGAGGGCAAGACCCGGCGAAGGCUGUGGGUGCCCAGGGUGGGUUUUUCUCCCGGGGGGUCCCCUCCAGAGCCCCCCAUCACCCAACCCAAGGGGGGGAAGAUGCGGUUACCCAACGUUGAGCUCUCCCCCGGGAACCCUGAAUUCAACCAGUGGCCGGUGAUGACAGAAGUCAGCCCACGCUUCAAUUUGGGGGCAUUUGGGGGGUUGGGGACCCCCAAAUUUCAGCUGCCUAAGCUGGCGCUGAGUCCCCAACCCUGUGGUGAGCAGUGA